AUGUGGAACUUCCUUGUCAGAACAUUUGGAAAAGCAUGGAUUCCAAAGAAUGCGGCGGAAACAGACACUCAACAAAGGCACAUUCGGGCUUAUACGGCAGACCCGUCCUUAUGGCAAACCGAAAUUGGAACGAUACUGCUUGAUAUGCUCGAAAUGGCUGGAUAUCCGAUACACUCUACUAAGAUUCAUACUGAAUUUUUUCACAAAUCGGUGGCGCCGUCUCUCGGUCCGCACCCUCGAGGCACUGGGGAGCCUGCGGUCUGGAAAAGCUUCAUGACGGAUGAUCAUACUCCAAUUGAGCUCAGUUGGUGCUGGUCUUCGUCUCAGCAAACACCAGUUGUGCGCUACUCUGUCGAGCCAAUAGGUAGACUGGCUGGUGAGUCGGUCGACCCUAUCAAUACGGCUGCGAGUGUGAGACUGCUGGGGGAGGCUCUCCCACUGGCUCCGGAGAUAGACCUUUAUCUGCAUAGGCACUUUCAGCAGCAUACAAUGUCGAAGAAACUCCCGGAGGAUAUUAGCGCUCCAGACAUGCCUUUAUCUCAGAGCUUUAUGGCGUUUGAUUUGCUGGAGGAAACUGUUGUUGUUAAACAGUAUUACUUGCCCGGUUGGACAGCGUUAAGAGAAGCAAAGUCCAAGUUUGAUAUCAUAAAAGGAGCUAUCCAGAAGCUUCCAUUCCUGGCAGAUUCAUUGCCUAGUUCAUUCGAUGUCUUUGUUGGUUUCCUUGAGUCCUUUCCGCCAGAGUCGCGCCCGACGGUAGAGAUCCUCGCCAUUGACCUUCUGGAUCCUCUGAAGUCAAGACUAAAAGUUUACGUUCGAUGCCGUGAUACGACAUUGAAGAGCGUCUAUGAAAUGCUAUCUUUGGGUGGCAGAGCCCCCAAGACACCCGAGGAAGAGAAGGCGCUCAGAGAACUCUGGUACUCAGUCUUCGGCUUGGAUGAGAAUAAACUCGAGGACAGCCAGCCGCUUCCCAAGAAUGACCACCUUACUGGAGGCAUCCUGUACUACUUUGAGUUCAAAACUGGAUUGGAUGUGCCCAGAACAAAGAUUUACAUGCCAGUACGACACUACGCACGCGAUGAUGAUCAGAUUGCGAGAGGUCUUUCCCAGUACCUCGACCGACGGGGCAAGAAUCUCACCACAGGAUCUUACUACGAAAGUGUACAGAGAAUCUGUAAACACCGCAGCUUAGCCAGCGGAUUAGGGUUUCAUACCUACAUCUCCUGGACAUCUGAGAACAAUGCAUGGAACGUGACGGCUUACUUCAAUCCGCAAAUCUAUCACCCGGGCCGAAGUGUGGGGCGGAAAGAAUGA